CUCAAAACCCUAGCGCCAUUUCCACAAAUCAACGCCGCAGCAGCAUCAGCUGAGCCAAGCAACAAUGGUGUCCGGUUCAGGAAUCUGCGCGAAGAGGGUGGUCGUCGACGCCCGCCACCACAUGCUCGGCCGCCUCGCCUCGAUCCUUGCCAAGGAGCUCCUCAACGGCCAGAAGGUCGUCGUCGUUCGAUGCGAGGAGAUUUGCCUGUCCGGCGGUCUGGUUCGCCAGAAGAUGAAGUACAUGAGGUUCCUGAGGAAGCGGAUGAACACCAAGCCUUCCCACGGGCCAAUCCACUUUCGCGCUCCUUCGAAGAUCCUCUGGCGCACCAUUCGCGGCAUGAUUCCUCACAAGACCAAGCGCGGGGAGGCUGCCCUCGCCAGGUUGAAGGUCUACGAGGGCGUCCCGCCGCCGUACGACAAGGUUAAGAGGAUGGUGAUCCCCGACGCUCUCAAGGGUUUUGAGGUUGCAGAGUGGUCAUAAGUACUGCUUGUUGGGCAAACUCUCUUCUGAAGUUGGAUGGAAUCACUAUGAUACCAUUAAGGAGCUUGAGAGGAAGAGGAAGGAGAAGUCAGCUGUCAUGUACGAGAGAAAGAAGCAGUUGGCCAAGCUCAGGGUCAAGGCUGAGAAGACCGCCGAUGAGAAGCUCGGUGCCCAGCUGGAAGUCAUUGCUCCCAUCAAAUAUUGAUUUGGUUUUCCUAAACAGGAGCUUGGUUUUCUAUGGUUUGCUGCAUGAUCUCCGCUAGGGAUUAAAUCUUUGCAAGUUUUCGGAGUAUGUAUUUUGGUCAUUCUGGUUUUGUUUCGGAUUUAUCUGAAGAAAGUGGAUUAAUUUUUGUGAUAGUUAUAUUUAGAAUCAUUUCCCUGCCAUCAUUCACAUGCUCUGCUAUUAUUCAAGUUAUUCGAAAAUGAUUCGACUCUUCAACAAUCUCUUCACCGCUCGUUCUACCAUAGGUGCUUGGAAAUGUUGUUUCUUUCCAAUCCUUUACUAGUCUGUGUGGACGUGUCAAUGGCCAGACGUUGUUUUUGGUUGCUUAUCCCGGCAGCCAUCGGCGAUGGCUAUGAGUUACCUCGAGUCACAGGUUUCAUACAAAGUUGUUAUUUUUUUGUCAUGGGCAAUGCAGUAAAAAAUGUAG